AUGGAGUCCUUCUUGAGAAAUCUCACCAAACAGGUUACUUGCUCAGUUUGUCUCGAGACCUACAAAGAGCCGAAAAUUAUAUCGUGUUUUCACACGUUCUGCUGUGAUUGUUUAGAAAAACACGCAAGAGUGAGCCAAAGGCAUGGAAAAUUCCGAUGCCCCGAGUGUCAGGCAGAAAUCCACUUGCCAGAAGGAAAUCGCUUCGAAGCGUUGCCAACUAGUUUCUUUCACAACAGUUUGUUGAAUAUACUUGCCAUUCGGCAAAGUGGCGAUGGAACAAACGUCACUUGUGGCAACUGUAAGAAGACCAUCUCCAAUGUCCAUUACUGCUUUGAUUGUGCCCGAUUCAUGUGUUCCGACUGUCUUAACGCACAUGAAAUUAUGCGCGACGCCUUUGAGGGACACAAAGUGAUGCCUGUCAAAGACUUCCAAGAUCAAGAUUACGACAGCCAUUUUGCACCAAGAAGUACCACGAGCGAGAGAUCACGAGAUUUUACUGCCUCCAGUGUCAGUGUUGUGUUUGCCAUCUUUGCAUCGUCACGGAUCAUCAAAGUCACAAAAUUCAAUUGCUUGACGAAGUGGCUGACAACGAGAAAGGAAACAUCAUGGCGGAUGCCGCAGAGAGCCGAACAAGGGAAAAAGAUUUAA